AUGAAGACUUUGGGACUCUUCUGUUUAUUUGCAGUUACGACUAUAGUAUAUUCAAGAAAUGUAAGACAGAAACGCGAAGCAGAUCUUGAAGAAGCAGCUUCCGGACAUUGGUCAAAGGGUGAUGGCGGGGAACAUCAUGGAGCAUAUUACGGAGUAGAUGGAGGGCACAGUGAUAAGGGCUACAAAGGAUACCACGACCAUGCUUAUGGAAAGAAGGGUCACUCUGAUCACGAAGGUUCUAAAGGACAUUUUGAUGAAAGUGGUGGUGACGAAAAACAUCACCAUCAUGAUGAAGGAUAUUAUGACGGCCAUGCUCAUGGUGAGAAGGGAGAGAAAGGACAUAGUUUUGAAGAAAAAGGGCACUUUCAUAAAGGUCAUUCCACAAAAGGUCAUCAUGGCAUACAUAAAUUAGACGAGUUUAAAAAAGACAAACAUUUCCAUGACAAACACGGUGAAUCAGGAUUUGAAGAAGGAUAUGGUGGUCACCACGAUGAAGGUGGUUACACUGAAGGGAGCGAGUUCCAUAAAGGUCACAGUGGCGGUGGAUUCUAUGAGCACGAAGGUGGCAACAAAGGAUACUUUGAGAAAGGUGGGCACCAUGCAGACCAUGAAGGUCAUCAUGAUAAGGGAGCCGAAUAUUGGGGAAAUCAUGAAGAUCACGGCAGCAAAGGUGGUCACGCUAAUCAUAAAGCUUGGGGCUCAGAUAAAGGGCACUAUUAA